GUGAAUAACUUGGCCUCGCUCCCCCGAAACUCCGAAAACCACAGUCUGCUUUAUUCAGCGCUCACCGGCGCUGCUUUUUUUUAUUGGUCAACGGGUCCUUUUACUGUGACUCUACUUUGUGGCCCCCAUCGUUAUUGUGACAUUUGAACUUCCACCGCGUUCAAACGGGGAAACUGGGUGCGCUCAGCCUACAGUCGGUGUGAGCAAGCCGGGGUGACUCGACCAAGUUUUCCUUGCCUCUGCCCGAGGAAUGAGAGGGCUGCCGGAGGGGAGAAACCCAAAACCGCAUGUCUGAAUGAACAAUAUGGACAUUUCCAAGGAUAUUGACGCCGAUCUGGAGGAGAAUGGCCCCCGAGGAGCAACAUCUCCCCAUCCAGCGCUGAACACGACCCCUGCACGGCCCGACCCGGAGGGGGAGAGCAGUCCCCUAAAAACUGAAACAAUGGAGAGAAUGGAGUCUCCCACGAGGAAGAACGCCGACCGGAAAGUGGCUACUCCCACCAAACCUGACUACAUCGCCCAAUCGCCCGCUUCACCAGUGUCGCCUCUGGCUCGAUCAAAAAGAGACCUCGUCAAGUCACAGGAAAGGCAAAGGCUUGCCAAGGAACGGAGGGAGGAGAAGGCCAAAUAUUUGGAAGAGCUCAGCCAGUUGCAAGCCUCCAAAAAGAGCCAGUGGCUGGAGAAGGAGGAGAAGGCCAAGCAGCUGAGGGAGCAGCAGCUGGAGGAGCGCCGCAGGAAGCUGGAGGGGCAGCGGCUCAAAGCGGAGAAACGCCGCGCCGCCCUGGAGGAGAGGCAGAAACAGAAGCUAGCAAAGAACAAGGAGCGCUAUGAGGCAGCUAUCCAAAGGUCCACUAAGAAGACUUGGGCAGAGAUCCGUCAGCAGCGGUGGUCCUGGGCCGGCGGACUCACCCAGAACUCAAGCCAGAAAGAAAGCAGAUGCUCUGUGUCGGCGGUCAACCUGCCCAAACACGUGGACUCGGUUAUAAACAAGCGACUCUCCAAGUCUUCCGCCACCCUCUGGAACUCCCCCAGCAGAACCCGUACCUUGACACUGAGUCCAUGGGAGAGCAGCAUUGUGGAUCGUCUGAUGACACCCACCCUGUCCUUCCUGGCCCGCAGCCGCAGCGCAGCCAGUGUACUUAGCAACGGCAAAGAUUCCCAAUCCCCUCUCUGCCCCCGCUCGGCCUCUGCCAGCCCCCUGACAUUUUGUGGCCAUCGGCCCCACCGCUGCUCCGACCGCUGGAGGGUGACAUCCAGCACGCCGGAUAUCACCCAGCGGCAGCACAGACGGAGCUCCACACCUAUGGAUAAACAUAUUAAAGAAAAAAAAGACAAGGAGCGAGAAAAUGAGAAGGAGAAGAAUGCGCUCGCCAAAGAGAAGGUGCUAAAGAAGAGACAGUCCCUUCCGAGCAUGAGACACAGACCUGAUCCAAGCCCCAGUCCUUUAUCAAGACAAAGACCAUCGUCCCCGGCCACCCCGAAGAGCAGAACGGCCUCUCCAAGCCCCGCUGCCUCGCCCAGUCCCAGGCCUCCAUCUUCCCAUGGUAGCCCCUCCACCCCUAAGGCCCGACCCAAGAGAGCCAGGACCCCCGCCAGGAUAGGCCACCGCAACUCCUCUCCGGUCCCCCUGGAGAGAGCCAAGGAGAUCCGCAGGCCUGCCACCCCCGAGGAGAGGAAGGGAUCUCCUGUAGCUCCUGCCAUCAUGGUGUCCUCAGCCUCUGUCUCCACACAUUCGCGAAGUACGCAGCCUGCUAGGACAGUUGCUUCCUCAUCCCCCGAGCCAGGCCAGUUGGCUACCACCACCCCUGCACCGUCACACGGGACCUCCCCAUUGGCCAAGCCCAUGGCGGGCACCAACGACCCCGAGGAGGCGGGUCGCAUACUGGCCGAGAAACGGCGGCAGGCUCGUGAGCAGAGGGAGAGGGAUGAGCAGGAACGGCUUGAACAAGAGGAAAAGGAGAGGGUCCUGAGAGAAGAGCGGAUUAUAAAGGAGGCAGAGGAGCGGAAACGCAGGGAGGAGGAGGCGUGUGCUAUGGCCGAGGAACAGCGGAGGAGGGACGAGGCCCAGCGUCUGCAGGACGAAAAGGAGGCCCAGGAGAGAGCCAAGGCCGAACUAGAGGAGAACCAACGCCUCCAGAAACAGAAAGAACAGGCUGAGGCUAAGGCCCGGGAGGAGGCGGAAAAACAGCGGCUGGAGAGGGAGAAACACUUCCAGAAGGAGGAGCAGGAGAGACUGGAGAGGAAAAGGCGUCUGGAAGAGAUCAUGAAGAGGACACGCAAGACAGAUGGGGGGGACAAGAAGGAGAUAAAGUCCUCACCACCGAGCCAAGUCAACGGCAAAGAGGCAGAGUGCAGCAAAGCAUCUGCGGACUAUCAGCCAAGGUCAGAGGUCAGAGGAAGCUCCACGGCCCACGUGGUCAAUGGUGUCCAGCCAGCCAGACAUGAAAACGGUCUGUCUGCUAAGGGGGAUACGGCUCAUUUUGAAGAGAUCAUCCAGUUGAACAGCACCAACGGAGGGCGGGACAAAUCCAAGAGUGACAUGCCCGCCGAGCCAAUCCUCGCUUUCGAGAGCGAGGAGCCUUUCAUGAAGAAAGCAGGUCCCAUGAAGCCUCAGCAUGUCGCGGAGGUCCUGUGAGGCGGUCCCAGGUUGAAGACAAGCCUUAGACCCCCUUCCCUUCCAACCACCCCAGCCACCCCGUCCUCAACCCAGCCAACGCUCGCAUGGGGAGAAAGAUAACCCUCCUAGAGAAAGCACACCGACCUGACCUGUGCCAAAUUAUCUGUCAGUCGCUCUCUAGGGCCGCAAAAAUAUAUAUCACAGAGAAAAAAAACGGGCUUUUAACGGAGGGUGCCGGGGCCCGAAGAGACGACUUGAAGAAACCACUCUGCAAUCAGCAACAGACACAAGCAACAGACAGAAGACGGUGAAAAGACGUCGCCACGUGUCAUCACAUCAGUGUUAACGUUCGUAUCAAGUCAUCAUGGCACCAAGUCAGUGCACCUUAAUACUUGACAGUCUCGUCUAUUGUAUAGUCCAGUCCAGCUGGUGGGAGAGGCGGGAAUUACACCCUGACCAUUACCAGUAAUUACUUCGUUACAAUAUAAGCUGAGAGAAAAAAGUGAAUUUGAUUUUUGUCAUGUUUAGUUAUUUAACUCGGGGAGGAGUGGAACGGCCGGGUACGGGUUCUGUGUGAAUAACGGUUAGGACUUGUGCGGUUCUGAACGGCGCGGGGAGGGGGUCUGUGGAAUUCAUUCGAACGAAACGUUAACGCUGCCUUUUUUAGUCCGUUCAGUCAGGUUAUUAUGUGCGGAUGACAUCGCCGUUUGUGUUGUGUUGCCCUCCGCCGGACCGCCGCCGCUGCACGGAGACCCGCGUUCUUCCCUCCUCGCACACCGCCCAGUGUACGCAGAAGUGGAUGUAAUGACAGGCGGGCGCUGGGGUGUGAAGGGAACCUGCGGUGGAAAUUCGUAACUCCAAGGUCAGAUUAGAGACGGCGUCGUUGCCUCGGGUUGGAGAGAGAAUGUAAACUUUACCUGCCCGUUUUAAACCAUUUGUGCAGUUUUUAUUUUUAUUUUUAUUUUUUUUCACCUGUGCAAGAAUGAUUGGGUUUUGCCGUUUGCAUUGUGGUUCCACAGACCCAACGUAAAUAAAAUGCUGGCGCGUGUAUAUGCUAUAAAUAUAUUUUGAUGUGUGUGUGUAAGGGUCAGUGGGAUUAACCAAGUCUUAUUAAAGACAAAACUG